CUAUUUAGGGGAAAGGUCCAAAGGUCGCUCUGCAGUGUUGGAUUCUGCACGGACUGAUAUUCAUUCGGUGCAGAGAAAGAAUAUAUCAGCCCACGAGUUUUAUCCUAACACUGCUGGCUUGUUGAUUCUGCAUCAUGGCUCUUCUACGAGGUGUAUUUGUUGUGGGGGCCAAGCGCACUCCGUUCGGUGCCUAUGGUGGCGUGCUGAAGGAUCACAGUGCAACAGACUUGGCUGAGCACGCAGCUAAAGCCGCCCUCGCUGCAGGGGGCGUGGCACCAGAACUUGUAAACAGUGUCAUCGUGGGAAAUGUCAUGCAGAGCUCAGCUGAUGCAGCCUACAUUGCACGGCAUGUGGGUCUGAGGUGUGGGGUGCCCAUCCCAGUGCCUGCUCUCACUGUGAACAGACUGUGUGGAUCUGGUUUCCAGUCAAUCAUCAACGGCACUCAAGAGAUUUGCCUCAGGGAGUCAGAGGUGGUCCUGUGCGGAGGCUCAGAGAGUAUGAGUCAGGCCCCGUACGCUGUGCGCAACAUACGAUUUGGUACAAAGUUUGGAUUCGAUCUCAAGCUAGAGGACACCUUGUGGGCGGGUCUGACUGACCUGCAUAUCAAAAUCCCAAUGGGCAUCACAGCAGAAAACCUGGCAGAGAAAUACCAGAUCACACGAGAAGAAGUUGACAACUAUGCAUACCAGUCACAACAAAGGUGGAAGGCUGCUCAUGAGGCGGGUUACUACACAGCAGAAAUUGCUCCCAUUGAUGUGAAAGCUAGGAAGGGAAAGGUGUCCAUGGCUCAGGAUGAACACCCUCGUCCACAGACAACACUUGAACAGAUGGCCAAACUGACUCCCGUCUUCAAGAAGGGAGGGACUGUAACCGCUGCCAACGCUUCGGGUGUAUCUGAUGGAGCUGCUGCUGUGGUGAUUGCAAGUGAAGAUGCACUAAAGGACCACAAGCUCACUCCACUGGCCAGGAUUGUGUCCUACCAUGUGUCAGGCUGUGACCCAAGCAUUAUGGGAAUUGGUCCCGUUCCAGCAAUCACAGAAGCGCUUAAAAAAGCCGGCCUGACUCUCAAUGACAUGGAUCUUGUGGAGGUUUGUUUUUAGCAAAACAUUUCACUCUGUCAGACA